AUCCACUUAUCAAGAUCAGUGAGGAAGAAGGGGCCUAUGUUCUCACCGCCCCAGACUUUGGCAUUGAGAGACUUUACUAUGUUGGAAAGACCAGUCAGGUAGGUCACGAUGCUCCUGGUAGGUAUUGAUAGGGUGUCAGGUUCUGUCUCCACAGCGCUCAAAUGGGCCCAAAAGGAAAUUAUCACAAGUGAAUUCUGAGUCUCCUAACGCCUUGUUUUAAUAUCAAUGUAGAUUCACACAGCAAUGUGGAUGCGCGGUAAGACUUGUGGAAUGUGUGGACUCCAUGAUGGGGAGACAGAGCGGGAAUACCAGAGGCCAGACGGUUCACUCGCCACAGAUGUCCACAGUUUUAGUGAUUCAUGGACUCUCCUCGAUGAUACUUGCACAGGAGGUAAAUUCUUGAAACAGAUACUCUCCCUAGUGCUCUGUUGUGGUUAUGGUGCCAAAACUACCCUGGCUCCCUUCCCCCCAUUGUUAGUAGUCAAAACAUUUUAGAACGUGGUUCCCCCAUGUCAGAAGUUUUUACUGCCCAUUAAACAAUGAUUAAUAAAGAUUUCUACAAAAUUUUAUUCAAUUUACACCUUCCAUUCCUGAAAAUAGAAAACGCUUCGAUAGGCGGGUGUUUACAAAUAAUGUGUUAAUGAGAGGAGAAUCAAACCUUGAACUGGCUGGGUAUAUUAUAAACCGGCAGACUCAGUAGGCCCAUCCCAACUGAAGCACUUUAAUAGAUCGCUCUGGGGAAGGUGUGGCUCCAAUAACUAUUGUUGUAUUUUGUUGCAGCAUGUAAAAUGGAGCGAGCGACUGUGACAUUGGAAAAGGAAGCGUGGGAGUCGACAUGUUACUCUGUGCACCCAGUACUGCGCUGUGCUAAAGGAUGCGCCCCAAGGAGCGUGACCCCGGUGGCCAUUGGCUUCAGCUGUGUGGCUGCAG